AUGGGUCAUUCUGCAAAUACUUGUUGGUCUGCUCCUCAGAGAAGCAGAAGUGUGAGUGGGAGUAACCAGCCGGCACCCAAAGGAAACAGUGGGGCAAAGCCGAGUGUAUCAGGCAAGGUGUUUCCCAUGAGUGGAUCAGAGGCGUCCAAGUCGGAUGACUUGAUCAGAGGUAAAUGCAUCAUUAUGGAUAGACUUUGUGAUGUAUUAUUUGAUUCUGGUACCACAUAUUCCUUUGUUUCUGUGGAUUGUGUGAAUUGUAUUAGACUGCCAAUAUCUUCUCUACCAUGUGAUAUUCUUGUGUCUACUCCUACAGCUAAGCCUGUUGUGACUUCUUUUGUAUGCUUAGGCUGUUCUGUGAUGGUACAUGAUUGUAAGGAGAAAGCUUUAAUCUUUGGUGAUGAGACACCGAUAAAUUCUAGACUCCAAGGUGUGGGUGAAGCUACUGCUUUCAUGGUGUUGUUUUCUGCUGAGAUCAAUAAGACUGUGAGAGCUGAGCACAUUUUAGUAGUGCAAGAUUUUCUAGAAGUUUUUCUGGAUGAUGUAAUAGAAUUGCCACCGGAAAGAAAGAUUGAGUUUUCUAUCAAUUUGAUUCCGGGAGCAAGUCCAGUAUCUAUUGCGCCAUAUCGAAUGUCACCGGUAGAAUUGGUUGAGGUGAAAAAGCAAGUGGAAGAACUAUUGUAA